GACAGCUAUGGUGUUACAAAGUGAGGACAGCUACGAAGGGUUAAGCUAGGCGUCAUCUGCUCAGAACGUAAUUGUCUAUGAUAUAAUUUGGUUACAAACUGAACUUCUGUGCAAUUGUCGGAACUGUGCUGCUGCUUAAGCUAGCGAACUACGCUAUAUUCUUUAUGUUUUUUGCUAUUUAGGGAAAAGUAUCUCCCAUGAAUACGGGAACAGAUACGAAGCAAUCGUCGGCCAAAAAAGCCAAAACUAAAGGCAGCUUUAAAUUUUCCCGUCCAACAUGGUUAACAAACAAAGUUCUGAUUAUUGCUGGAAUCAUACUGGGGGCAGUGAUUAUUGCAGUUAUUAUUAUUCCAAUUGCGGUUACAUUUGGUACAAGAACUUCGGGGACUGCAACUACGACAACAGUCACUGCACCAGUGUUUCUUGCUUAUUGGGCAUUUGAAAACAAUGCCAAUGACGUAUACGGUAAUUAUAGCGGAUCAAUUACCGGUUCAUCUACUUAUCAAGGUUCAGGAAUUUUUGGGGGUACUCCCUACUAUAUAUAUGGUUCAAGCGGUUACAUGCAAGUUGCUUCACCUUAUUUCAAUUUAAAUUCGAGAAGUUUUACAUUUGAAAUAUGGAUUUAUCCUCUGAGCAUAACAAAUGACCAGCCUAUAUUUAGCCAAUGUACAUGUACAACAUGUACAAGCCAAUGUCUGUUUUUGAUGAUUCGAAGUGGUAAAUUGUAUAUGGGUUUUAAUUUUAAUGAUUUAACUGGUUCCACAACUUUGUCUGCAAGCGGCAUAUGGUAUCAUGUCGCCUUUGUGUACAAUUAUCUAACAUCUCAACAAAUUAUCUACCUGGAUGGUAUUCAAGAUGCCGUUCGUUCAAGUGUAACGACACCCUAUCUUGGAACAAAUGGAACAAUGUAUUUUGGUUAUUCACAAAUUUCGUCAUCAAACUAUUUCUAUGGUUACAUGGAUAAUGCACAAUUAACGACGCGUGCUAAGACUUCAACAGAAAUAUUAGUGGAUGGGUCACAGAUAUUCUAUUAUUCAUUUGAUCAACCAAAUCCAUACUACGACAAUAGUCCAAAUGGUUUGAAUGCUACUACCACACAAAAUGUAAUAUCUACAUCUGGACACGUGGGACAGGCUGUUCGUUUCACAACGACUUCUUCGAGUUAUAUUCAACUCAGUUAUUGGCCUUAUACAGGCUGGCCUACUUCUAGAUCAUUUUCGUUCGCCAUGUGGAUAUACCCAACAUCUAUAAACUACGGUGUUCUCAUAUAUACCCCAAAUAAUGGACUAACUUUACUUGGCUUAACGUAUAACGGACAAAUUAUUCUACAACUUAAUCAAGGAUCUCCUUCAAAUGUUUGGCUAUGUGUGAUUGGACCAUUUAUAUUAGUUAAUACGUGGACACAUGUAGCAUGUACAUUUAGCGUAACAAACGGUCUAAUAUUGUAUGUCAAUGGUGUAUCAGUAGGCUCGAUAACUGGUAUUCUAACAUAUUACUGGACCAGUGGUCUCUACAGUAUUUACAUUGGAUAUGGUGGUGGUCAGGCAUAUAUAUAUUAUGGAGGCUCAUUUCAAGGUUCAAUGGAUGAAUUCUAUGCAUAUAGACGCGAGCUAAGUGCCUCAGAAAUAUUAGCGUUAGCUAGUGUAUGA